AUGGCUAUCGUUGUCCUCGGUCUAUCAGUCGAUCUUGUGAAGGGCCAGUUACUCGGUGAUGCUCCAACGACGACAAAAUAUGGAACAUUCACUGGCGGUUUCGGGCUGGCAGUUGCUAUCCUGGGUCUCGCCUCUGCGUUCAUUGACGCAAUUCCAGCUCUCGUUGUCAUGGCUGCCGAUGCUCUAAGUGGACUGCUACUGCUUGGUGGCGGUAUCGCGUUUGCCAUCGGGUUGCGUGGAGUGACCUGUGAUGCCACCAACGACCUAGAGAAGCUGAAAGCGCAGUAUCAAAAUGUGCUCAUCAAUGCUGGAGCGGCAAAAGUAACUGGCGAGAGGUACAUGUUUACACACCGUCAAAUGAGCACUGACCGACUUUUGAGCAACUGCAAAAAGGCCACCGCUGAUCAGGCCAUGCAGUUUGUGACGCUCGGGUUUGUGAUCAGCACUAUUGUUCUUCUUUUCUUGGUGUGGAGGAACGGCCGUGGCAGCAAGGGCGGUGCUUAUGUCUGA